UCCCUGGUAGACAGAUACGAAUUCUGGCUUCUGUCCAUGUUGCUGUUGCUUCAGUUCUGCGGCUACAUGGUGGUGCUAGACAUGGAGGAGACGGUUUGUUUCCAGAUGCUGGGCGACAAAGCCCACAAGUACGGGCUGCAAAGACUCUGGGGCACAGUCAGCUACGGCGUCACGGCUGUGGUCGGGGGGGCGCUGGUCGACUGGUAUUCAAGGGGCCAAGAGCAGAAGGACUACCUGCCUGUGCACGUGAUGGUGGUCGUAGCCUUGGCACUGGACGCGGUGGUCGUCUCGCUCCUCAAAUUCACGGUUCCCGAAAAGAAAAUUUCCUCAACCGAUGUCCGCGCCGUCUUCAAGCAGCCUUCCGUUUUGCUCAUUUUGAUGACGACCGUGGUGCUGGGGACGGCCGGGGGCAUGGUCAGCGCCUUCUACCUCCUGCUGGUGGAGGACACGGCGGCGCUGUGGAGUCCUUCCUUCGCUUACCUCAAACUCCUUCAGGGUCUGUUGCUCGGGGUUCAGUGCCUCGUGUCGGAGGUGCCCUGCUUGUUCUUGGCUGGAAAAAUCAUCUCCAAACUCGGCUACGCAAAGUCCUUCUCCCUGGCCCUCCUCGCCUUCAGUCUCCGCCUGUGCCUGUACUCCUGCGUCUCGAAUCCCUGGUGGUUCCUGCCCAUCGAGCUCCUCCACGGGGUGUCCUUCGCCUUGGCCCUCGCCUGUGGCACUUGCUACGCCAACAGCAUCACUCCCGCCGGCGCUGAGGCCACUAUGCAGGCCAUCUUCGGCAGCGCCUUCCACUGCGCAAGUGGUCUGGGAGGCCUUGUUGGUAGCUGGCUGUUCCACGUGACGAAUGGCUGGUGGAGAGCCUUUUUCUCAAUGGGAUCAGCUGUUGGUGUGUACGCUGUUCUGUUUACGAUCGUCCACGUGGUCCUGACUCGGGUUGGCAGCGGCAAAUCAGCUGUUCAGAAAGAGAAAAGCGGAGAUGACAGCGAAACCCCCACGGGCUGCUGCGAGUGCUGAAGGGAAAGGCAACAACAAGUGCAAAAUACAUGGAGUGUUUGUUAUUUGCUGAGUGUUCCGAGCCAAGUUGUUAUUGGUAUUGUUUAUUUUGUUUGUGAAUGUGAAGAGAUUAUGUGGAAAAGUCGGUCGGAGAUGGAUAAAUGCUUAGGGUUUGGAGAGGGAGCAUGUAAAAGAAAAUACGAAGAAUAGGAGAGAAGAGGGAG